AUGCGCAGACAUGUUCUGGUCCUCAUAUCAGACAGUGAUGAGCUGUUGUUGUCUAAGGUUGGCGAGAAGACCACUCCUUAUCUCACACAUUGCCGCUGCAACCACCUCACUCUGUUCGGGGGCUCCUUUUUUGUGAUGCCAAACCACGUGGAUGUAAGUCGUACAGCGGAGCUGUUUGCCACCGUGGAUGAGAACUAUGUGGUGCUCGUACUCAUGUGUGCCUUCUUCGCCCUCUACCUUCUCACCCUGGUGUGGGCUUGCUUUGCUGACCGCAGGUCACGCCUUAAGAGAAAGAUGACUCUGCUGGAGGACAACCACCCCGGUGCUCACUACAACUACCUGAUCAGUGUUUACACUGGCAAUCGCAAGAAUUCUGGGACAACUGCCAAUGUCACAGUGAUGCUGACUGGAUCAGAGGGAGAGAGCGAGACACACAGUCUCGCAGAUCCCGAUAAGCCCGUGUUUGAGAGAGGAGGGGUCGAUAUGUUCUUGAUGGCCACGCCUUUCCCACUGGGAGAAGUGCAAAGCAUCAGGCUGCAGCACGACAACUCCGGAGGUCAACCAUCAUGGUAUGUCAACAAGGUGACUGUGCAAGACCUCCAGACACAGCACGUGUUUCACUACUUCUGCGACUGCUGGCUGAGUUCUGACCACGGAGACGGCACGACCAAGAAAACGUUCCACGCCGCGAGGACCGACGAGAUUGCCAACUUCAGGUAUAUCUUCAAGAACAGGACGUCGACGGGCUUCAGGGACGAACACAUCUGGGUCUCCAUUGUGGAUCCUCCGUCGCGCACUCCGUUCACACGCGUGCAGAGAGUCUCCUGCUGCAUGUGCCUGCUCCUCUGCACCAUGGCCAUCAACAUCGCCUUCUGGAACAUUCCUGUGGACGAGAGCUCGCCAGUCAUUUUAGUGAUAGGUUCGUUGCAACUCACGUGGCAGAAUGUCAUGGUGGGGAUUCAGAGCGGUCUCCUCAUGUUCCCAAUCAACAUCCUCAUCAUCACCAUCUUCAGAAGCAUCCGCCCCCGCAGCGUCGCAAAGAAGCCUAAAAGAGAGGACCAGAAAAUGGACGCCGUCACCGUGCCAACUGUCCUGAAGGACAUAGGGGAGGUUGUUUCUUUGGUGAGCAAAAGUCAGAGGAACAAGAUUUCAGAGACGCCGAGGCUGGAGUCCAUCACUGACCUCUGCUCUACCUUGGACACGGUGCAUGAAUUCAUCCAACUUAUGCAAGGAGAGUGUGAGAGCGACCCGCACUGGGUGUACUGCAGCAAGUUCCUCCUGGCAGGUCUCUGUCACCUCCUCAUGGACCUGGAAAAACUGGACGGGAGGAACGUGCCGUGUCCCCACGAUUACCAGCAGGCCCUGAACGUCGCCAACGUCCUGGUCCGCAAGGCUGAGAUGGUCUUCAGCUGCCACUUGGCCUCCUGCCCGCCCACCGUGACAAAGCAGAAGAAGAGCACUGCGAGCUGCUGGCUUCCCUGGUGGUGUGUGUUCCUGGGCUGGUUCCUGCUGCUGUCCAUCAGUGCCGUGUCCACUUAUUUCACGCUGUUAUACGGCUUUCAGUACGGCAGAGAAAAGUCCAUCAAGUGGGUCAUGUCCCUGGGCCUCUCCCUGUUCCAGAGCAUCUUUAUACUGCAGCCUCUCAAGGUGAUCGGCAUCGCCGUGGUCUUCGCUCUGCUGCUCAAACCUGUGUCUGUGGAGGAGAACGACGAAGUCAAGCAAGUGCUGAUGGGGCAACGGGAGAAGUGUAAACGUUUCACUGGCAGGGAGACGCUGUGAGGAAGCUGCAUUUCCCAGGACGCGCUCCAUCACUUUUUGCACUUAUUGGAAGUUUUGCUCUUUGAAUGUAAAAAUGCAUCCCAUAUUCUGGUAUACAGAACGUUGCUCUAGGUAAUUUACUAUCUUGUUGCUUUAAACUUUAAUCUUUGGGGAUUUUUUUUGUUCAUAUGUGAAUCAUUUCUUAUGGAAAAUACACAUUUAUUAGAUUCCAUGAAGCAGGUUUUAAAACGUGUCAAAUUAUUGACUGUCCAUCAUAUAAACAAUAUUCAUUCACAUUUAAGUACCUGUGUGUCAUAUUUAUGGCGGACAUUUAAUGUAAAUAUGUUUGAAUAAGUGCAUGAUCUCUUUUUAAAAGCCUUGCAUUACGAUGUUUCCACAGGAAAUUGCCUUUGUCCUUUCUGUUUUACGACAACUGCUAGUUACAAUGUGCGGUCUCACCAGUAGAUGUCACUAAUUCUUACACACUGGACCAUUAUAUUGGACAGUAGGUUUUCAGAUCUCUGGAUCUCCCAGUCGGGAAUUGAGGCGACAACCUUCCAGUUGAAAGACAACACGCUCUACCACUCGCCUACCGCGUGACUAAUUCUAACGCACUCUCCCUUUAAUUUAGUGUUCCGUAAUCAUUCUCAAACAAAAUUAGUGAUAUUUGUUGUCGGUGCAAAUUAUUUUCUUGUCGGAAUCUCGUCAGCGUUCCGCGAUUCCCGGCGGUUGACGGCACUCACGCGGUCUUUCACUCUCAGAGAGCUGCGUUUAUGUAAUUGCACUCACGGGAGGUCAUUAUUAAUGGAGCAGUUUUUUGGGCAUUUCACCAUCACCAUCAGUGUGAUCCAUGCUAAAGGUGACUCAGUCACUUCCUCCCUCUCAGUGAGUCAAUGAUUAUAUAGUAAUGAGAGUAUGAUUACAUAAUAGACGUCACCAUACUCAUUUCUGGGCUCUUGGUUUGGGAAUACGCGCAGUGCUUUUAUUCUCUCUGAAAUAAUUGUGUGUUUUUUUGUUUUUUUUCCAUUUAUUUAUUAAUUCUGUACGUAUUUUAAAGAGUGCAGACAUAGGCAACUGGAAUUGCUUGAGCUUAGUUGAACUAAACUUAAUUCUAGUUAACAAUUCUAGUGGAUGACUCAGAUCUACUGACUAUAGAAGCUGAAAUAAACUGAUAUGAGCUGCAAUCGUGUGGAAAGUUCAUGAGU